AUGGAGACCGAGAGGGCCACGAUGGAGAGGCUGCAGCAGCGGAGGAGGGAGAGGGGCGAGAUGGGCCUGUUUCUCGACACCUACGUCUACGCGGGUCCCUCGGACGGCGCCACGUUCCGCGCCAGCCCCUCUGACCCGCCGCAGGAGUGCCUCUACCUGGCCCAGCAGCUCGUCAACGACCCGCCCAGCGGCGACACGUUUGUGUGCCUGAACGACCUGCUGUGGGAGGAGGGCGGCGGGCUCAACCUGGCGGGCAUCUCAGCAGCUCAUCCACCCACACGGCCGGUCUUCGACAAGGCCAUGGGGAUGAUUGGCAAGUUGCUGAUGCUGGUUAGGGCGCUGCGUGAGGCGGUCAGGGGGCACCGGAGGGCCCUGGAGGACUACGACUCGAUGCUGCCCGACCACUGCAUGAACAACCCUGUGUCCGCAGGAGCGCCAUCGCACGGGGUAAGUAAAUCGAUAGGUCACACACACACAGACAGACAGACCGUCAAUCGCACACACCACAGAUACGCACACGAUGAUUCCGCUUUGGUAACCUACCUGCAUUGCUUUUGUGUGUCCCUAUGAUAUGGCUUGUCUGGCUCAGGUGAUAGCGACGUGUCUGAGGCCGCCGGCGUGGUCUUCAUUGACCACGGCAACACCCUCCACACGCGCACCCCCGGCCCGCUGCUCCGCCGCAAGGACGGCACCACUCCCCCCCGGCCAUACCCCGGGAAAGCCGCCCUCGUGCCCACAGACUCGUCGACCAGGGAAGUGGAGCGGCAGCUGGCCGGUUUCACCAACUUCGGCGGCGCCCCAGAGCAGCUGCUGUACUGGCAUCGGCGGCGGCAGCUGCUCAACGAUUGGUCGCAGAGAGUGGGCCCGUUCUACUUUGAGGAGCGAGAGAUUCGCGGGGCAGACGGCCAGCUGUGCCGACAGAAUGUCCAUUCCAUGGCCAAUUCCGCCGUUGACGAGCUGCGGGCCGACAGGGUGGUGCCUGCUGCCCCUAAGGCUGCUCAGGGUGUGUGGAUGGGCGAGCCGACGGUGGCCUUCCAGUUCGGCAUUCUCAUCCGCAACAUCCUCCGGGCCGAGCGGUGGCAACGGAUGCUGGAGCGGCUGGAGUCGUGGGCCGACAAGUCCCACAUAGAGCCGCCGGAUGGCGCCACUGAGGUCGACAAGGAGAUCCCCUCGGCCCCGGUUUCGACGGGGACAUGCAGCAAGGCCUGCUUGCCCUCAGCUGGCGCCACACGUUCUCCCUCAUUUCCGAGCCCAAUGGCCACCCCAAGAUGGAGGAGGGCAGACGGCACCUGCAUGAGCGGACACAGGAAGAGGGCCCGGGGUGGCUGGAGGGCGUCAUACAGCGGCUCGAGGCCAUCUGUCCAAGCGCCCUGCAGUUCCUCCCCUCGGAGCGAUGCACUCUCGCCCACAUCGAUGCCAAGCUCUCGGAGGUCCUCGACCUUCUCGAGUCGGUAGAGAUGCCGGUGGCUGAGGAGCCGGGUGAGGUGUGCGCCGACGUGGCCGAGGGGGAGCUUUGUGGCCUGCCUCUCUUCUCUUGCUGCUGGUCAGUAUCUAUCUAGCUUCUCUGCUCUCUCUCUCUUUCUCUCUCUCUAGUCUCUCUCUCUCUCUGUUGGCUGUGGUGGUCGUGGCGGACGGAAAGGCUAAGAGAAGGACAGUACAGCCCACAAGAAGGCAAAAGAAGCGAAGAAAGGCCCACCAGAAGGCCAACGAGGACCGAUACAUACCCACACCGCCCAAUACCCUCACUGAUGGAUGGUGAGACUAACCACAGCACAGCACAGCACAGCACACACAUGGGGAUGCAUACCUCUCUCUCUCUCUCUGUUUGUCUGUUUGUCUGUGUAUGUGACGUGUUUGUGAAUGUGUUCAGGCUACGUCUACGACAACCUGGCAGACAUGGGGGGACUCAUCCAAACGGAUAUCAUCGCUGUCUCCAUUUUAUAUUCGUCGACUCUUCUAUGCCUGCUCGCGACGUGUCGGAUUCAAGUGCGUCCUUUGUUCAGUGCCGAGAGAGAAGUGGGUGACCCAAGAGGAACUCGCCAUUCUCGCCAACAGGUAGGUGGAUACAUACAACGCGAGCCGACACCUUCCUUCUCUUCAGUCUGUCUGUCUGCGAUGACAGAGGAGAUGACUGAGGAGCCCGCCGCCGGCACGUACGUCGCGUCCGGCGCAGUCUGUUGUUUGACGAGUUUGAGGACGAGUGGGCUGGCCGACGUGGGCGAGGAGGAGACCCC